AAAGUGAGAACCAAACCAAAAAGCCAAAAACAGUUUCAGCUUCAAAUGCCCAGUCCCUCUCCAAUGUUCUCUGUUCCAAAUCCUUCCAUUCCUCUAAAAUCCCCAUUUCAGUAGCACCAAAAAAACCACUAAAGUACACAAAACAUCACAAUAAUGUCUUGGCUUUUCAAGUCUUUCCAAUCCGACGAUCAAGAUUCCUCCUCAUCUUCACCAGAAAGUCCAACCAAUCGUGGCGAUGGUGUUAAAGAGGAUUUAUCAGUUAUCGGCGAGUCUAUCGGCCGCCAAUUGCGUGGCGUCGCCAAUUUUCUCGCUCCGCCGCCAUCUCCGCCGUCCAAUACUGAAGAUAAGUCUUCAUCACUUCCGUCUGAUUAUUUUUCUUCUUCAUCAACGUCACAGUCACAAGCUCUCCUUGGGAUCCGUAACGAUCUAGCAGAAAUUGGAGGUAGCUUGAAGAGUAGUCUGUCUCUACUGUCGAGUAACAAAGCUGUUAGUGAGAUCUCUAAGUUUACGUCCACUUUUUUGCCAUUCCAAAGUAACGAUAAUGAAGGAGAAGACGAGGAAGAAUACGAUGAUGAAGAAGAUGAUUAUGUGCCAGGGAUUACAGAGGAGGUUGUUGAUUUCGUUAAGGAAAUUUCUAUGAGGCCUGAGUGCUGGACUGAUUUUCCAUUGUUACUAGAAACCGAUUUCAAAAUGUCUGAUGCUCAGAGAGAACAUGCUUCAAUUGUAGAACAUUUGGUUCCUAGUUUGACAGCUCUUAGAGAUAACCUUCAUAGCCAUAUGGACGAUGGACGAUUUUGGAUGAUUUAUUUUAUAUUGUUGCUUCCAAGACUGAAUGAAAAUGACUCUGAGAUUCUAUCAACCCCCCAGAUAAUUGAAACAAGAAGUAUUCUGCUGCAAAAGCUGCAAAACAAGAGAAAUGCAAAGGCAGAGGGUUCAGAGAAUUCUGUUACCCUUGAAUCAUCUCAAUGGGGCAGCAAAGUCACUGAAAGAAGAGAAGAGAAUAUCCCAUCUAGGGAAAACGAGGUCACUGACAUUGUAAAUGCAACUGAAGGGUUAGAAAUUGAUGAUGAAGAGAAUGCUGACCAGUGGUUAAAAGAGACGGAGAUUGAUACUGAAACAACAGUGUAUGGUCAGAAAAAGCUUGAACAUGAUGAGGACGUGUCAUUUAGCGAUCUGGAGGAUGAUAACGGUCUUUCAACUAGACUAUCCGGUUCGAAGCAAGCACAGGGUAUUAUUAGGACUCCUUCACCCACACCUAGUGGAUCUAGUGAUUGGGUCCAGUUGAAUGAGAGUUCUUCUGAGACUGGGGUUGGUCUGCAAAAGACAAGCCAGUCGAGUUCUCGGGAGAAAGAUUCAGAUGGUGAGUCUAAUGAUUGGCUUAAGGUUGAUGACUUUGACUAGAAAAUGCAAUGACCAUUUAUUAACCAUUUGUUGUAUAGUUUCUUCUUUUCUUUUUUUUUUCUGUGAUGGUUUCUGUACGCAUGGCAUUCAACCUGUUACAUAAUCAUAUGUUUAAACUAAUAAGACAAAAAGGGGUUUCAUAGUA